GAACCUAUUUCAAUAUUUUUUAUUAGGUAGAUAGAUAAAUUUGGAAAAUGUAGACAAUUUUAUAUUACAAGUUGCUAAGUUAACCAUAAAAAUUUACAGCUGUUUCUACCUAUAGCGAGGGGUUAGAAGGAAAAAAAGGAAAACUACCUACAUUUCAGUAGGUACGCGGAUGCUGGCAAUUAAUUUAAAAAUAAUUAAAAAAAUAUAUUAAAUUGAGACAUAAGAAGUAAAUCAAAGUAGGCAAAAGUGUUCAAAAUGAAAUGAAAUCUAUGUUAUAUAAAUUAAUAAUCAAGUCUCUAGGCUGCCGAAAUGACAUCAAAAGUGACUUACGGAACUCCGAACGAGCGAAGUUUUCUAAUCGGGGUCGGGGUUCCGUAAUAAAAUGUUUGAAAUGUUUAGAAAUCUCAAUCUUUCAUUAAAGUUUUGGGCGUUUUAGCUCUUAAAAAGUGUUACGACUUUUCCGCCACAUUUACCUAGAUUAGAUUAUAUAGGGACAGUAAAUGAAAUGUCUCUCUCUCUUUUUAGUCUACUUACUUACUUAAUUGUUUGUUGCGCCUCUGCGUCAAGCCUCUCUUUCGUCUUCUGAGUAUUCUUCCAGUUUCUUCCCCAGCCAUAGAAACGGAACGUCAGAGUCCAGUAUGCCCGUAAGCUGAAACUUUGCAGCAACUGAAAGUUUUGUGUUUUCUGAAAUUAAAUAUAUUUUACUUAUUUGUGAACGAGAGAACGAGUGAACAAAUAAACAAGUGAUCGAGUGAACAAUUAAACAAGUCAAUAAGAUUUUGUUCGUCCUUUAGCUUGUGACCGCCCAAUCUGCCAAUUCGUAUUUGUAUGGAAAUCUUCUCCUGUGGUCAUUAUGUACCUUUUUUGUUAAACUAUGCUUUUGGUUAGACUUAUCUUAAUCUAGGUACCCAUAUAGUUUUCUUGGUAGAUCCUUGUAACAUGGUUCUAAUAUAAUACUACUAAUUCCAUGCCUUGGAACAAAGCGAUGAAAAAAACAUACCAAACGUCAUUCAAACGUCAAUAAUGACAUUGACAUGACCGUGAUACUUCUCGUUCUCAGUGUUUGCUUUGCACCGCUAGUCUGUAUUUUGUACAAAAAUCUGCUAUUCAACAUGGAAAAUUAUCCUAAAAUGUACAAAAAUAUUUGCAGACUAUGUUUAAGCAGUGAGAACAGUGAUAAGUUUGUGUCUCUCAUUGAAAAUGACGGUUUAAGUUGUUAUGGGGAAUCAGUGUUGAGAUUUGCUCACAUUUCAAUAGAAAAGGGCGACAAUUUACCUAAAAAUAUGUGCCAAAAGUGUUUGUUUUUACUGAAAUGUGCCAUCUAUUUUAAGUUUAGAUGUGAGAAAAGUGAAAUAAUGUUAGAUGAAUGGAGCAGCAAGCAUAUAAAAAAUAACCGUAGAAAGACCAAUUUGGCCAAGGUAAAUAAUCAAUCUAAAUUAUUCGCUUCCGAUAGUUUUCCCAACUUUGAAAAAUCACGAACAGACAAACAACAAUCUUAUAAUGAAACCGCAAAUUCCACUGAUUCAAGUUUGUCAGAUGAAGGCACAAACCCUAAUGUACAUAAAAAAAGUGAUGUAUUAAAAAUAUUAAAAAGAAAUCUAAGAGUUUCAAGAAAUAAGUUCCGGAAAAACAAAAAGUUCCCCAAGGGACAUAAAUAUGAGUGUGAAAUUUGCAAGAAAGUUUUAUCAAAUCCUGUUACAUAUAGUCAUCAUAUGGAGUACCAUUCUGGAUGUAAAUUUAUAUGCGAGCACUGCGGCAAAGGAUUUCCAGUAUUACCUCGAUUGCAAAUACACCAGAUUGCAGUUCAUAAAAUUAAUAUUAAUCCAUACUUAUCAUGUCAAUUUUGUUCAUUUCUUGCUCCAACAAAAAUAAAAUUAACUGAACAUGAACGGCUUCAUACAGGAGAACGACCAUUUACAUGUGACAAGUGCGGCCUUACAUUCCGUCGACAAGCUAUAUGGAAGAAACAUUUGGUACACCACACUGAAAAGUCAGUGCAGUGUUUGCAUUGUCCCCGAAAGUUUUUUACUAUGACAGAGAUGAAAACCCAUUCAAAUAAUGUACAUGAAAGACGGUAUAUGUAUUCUUGUUAUAAGUGUAACACAACUUAUGCCAAGAACAGCUCUGUAAGAAGACAUUUGACAGAUGUGCAUGGAAUACCAAGAGAAAUGCAGGGCAAAAUUGUUAGAAUAAAUAGCGGGAAACCUAAUGAUGCAGUUGAACCAUAGAUUAUUUAAUUUCCCUUUUACUUACUACUGAAUUAAUAAACUCUUUUCUCUUUUUAAGACUUUACAAGUGUAUUGAAGUGAAGAUAUGUCAUUGCUGUUUAAAAAUUUAAUUCAAAUAAAGUUAUUAAUUAAUAUUAGUGAAGUUUACAAAAUUGACUAUAUAGAACUCGACACAGCUUGAUGUAGACUAAUUGGUUGCACUUAAGAGAAGAAAGAAGACUAGAAAGUCAUAUUAUGUUAUUUUCUCACUCAUUGCAUAGAAUAAUUUGUUUGAAUACUUGUGAAAAAUUUGUAAAAAAAAAUUGAAAAGGUACUAUGUACAGGAUUUGGUGAAUAGCAUGUAAUGAAAAUGUAUAUAGUAUAUAUACAUUUUCAUUACAAGCUGAUAUAUUCAGCAUGUAAUGAAAAUGUAUAUAUACUCUGAUAUAUUCCUUAGUUGAUUCGUUGUUGAGAGUAACUUAAAAAUAUUUUUAACAAUAUUAAACAUUAAAAAUAUUUUAGUCAUUAUUUAAUUACUCUCACAUACUUAAUUUCUAUUAAUAUGAGGAGUAAAAUUAACUGGCUGACAUUGUGGCUGGCAUGAAAUGCAAAAGGAGCUCACUCCUACCCUAUAAUUAUUGCAAACAUUUUAAAAUAUAGCUUUUUAAGAAUUGUCAUUUAGACUUUUUAACACAUUGUAAAACCAUGUUGAUUAUUUGACAUGGCAUAGAUAAAUUAAAAAAUAAAGUUUAUUUGUGUAUUGAUUUCGAUGUGAAUAAUUUUUAAUAGGAAUAUGUAUAUUAUAGUGUAUUAAUGACCACAACCCUCAGCCAUGAGGAAUAAGAAUGUAAAUAAGUUCAUCUUUAUCUAUGGGAUUUACAUUUAGCCUUCAAAAACUGUCAUUUAUGAUUGAAAUUUAGUUUGAUUGUUUUUUAAUAGAUCCUUGUAGACCUUAUUUUAUUAAUUCGGUGAGAUUGAUUCCUUUUAGAAUUGGUACAUAAAAAUAGUUUUCCUUUAAAUAAAUAAUAUGUCAUACUCUGUAAAAAUAUUAAGUCUAUGUUAUUUUGUUUAGAUAUGUAACAAAUACAAUAAAACAUAUGUUUUUCAUGUAAUAAAAAGUUUCAUUUAGCCCACUGCAGACUCUGGGCUCAAUGCCAUAUGGCUGUGGAAGAACCAAGAUACAGUCAUUUUUAUAUUUUAUUUAUUAAAGAAACCAACAGCGUUUACAAAAGAAUACAAUUCCAAUUCUUAUUCAAUAAUAAGGCCAAUAAAAGGUUUCUCUCACUAUACAAUAAUAUAGUCGAUUGAUAUAGGUGAAGAAAUGACUAUGUAAUGACAUGAGUGAUAAAUAUAUAACUAGCAGAAUGUGGAAAAUGUUUUAGAAAACAAAAGAAGUCAGAGGGAAGUUAAAUAGGAAAGUAUACCUACCAGUUAUGAAAAUGAUUGUUAUAUUCGCAACUGCAAGCUCUGUCUGUGUCAGUGAUAUUGUUUGCGCACAGUACUUAAUGAUAUGGUGUCACAAUAAUGUGAUACUAUAUCAUUAAUAUAAGCAUGCAUUACAGCACUACUUUGUUUUCAUCUACAUUUUGAGGGUGAUGAUGAUGACAUUGCGUUUUGGAUCAAUCGAAAAGACGAGUUCAGUUGUUUGUGUAUUUUUUCCCGCUUUCCCUCAACGAUCAACAUUGAUAUGUCUCGUGAUAAAUCAAGACAAUCCCAUUAUCACAUUAGUAAAUAGAUUACACGUUAUUUAAUGGACCAACUGUGAAAUAGAUCGAAUAUUUACUUUGAAUAAAUAAAAAAAAUACAGA